AUGUUCUCCUCGUUUCGAAAGGGUCCCGAUGACCCCAUGUACUUUCUAAAGCGUGCGGCCGAUCAGGAUACGUCCCCCGAUAAGGUUGAUCUUGGCGUUGGUAUCUACAGAAACGAAAGUGGCCUCUACAGUCAGCUCGGCUCUGUCGCAAAGGCAAAGGCAAUCUUGGCUGAGAAUGAUCCUGGACAUGACUAUGAGAUCACAAUAGGAAACCAGCGGUUCUUGAACCAUGCUGCCCGUCUUUUGUUCGGACAAGACUGCGAGGUCCUGCAGUCUGGUAGCAUCGCGUCAGUUCAGACCAUCUCUGGUACGGGAGCCAACCACCUCGCUGCCCUAGCCCUGAGCCAAUCCAUCUCUCCCCGUCCACAAGUCUACAUCGGCACCCCUACCUGGGGUAACUACAAGCCAAUGUUCGAACUCGUCGGCCUUGAAGUGAUCGAAUACCCAUACUUCGACUUCCAGACACGAACCAUCGACUUCUCUUCCAUCAUCUCAGCAGCGCUAACUGCACCCCCUCGAAGCGUCUUCAUCCUACAAGCCUGUUGUCAUAACCCUACAGGUGCCGACCCCACGAGAGAACAGUGGCAAGAACUUGGUGCGGUGCUAAAAGAAUACUGUCACUUUGUCUUUUUUGACAUUGCAUAUCAAGGAUUGGGCAAUGGCAUUGAGGAGGAUGCUUAUGCAAUCAGACAUUUCGCUACUCUGGGCGUUGACAUGUUUGUAUGCCAGUCGUUCUCUAAGAACUUUGCUUUGUAUGGCGAACGAUGCGGUGCCCUACAUGCUGUAUGCUCAAGCCCCGAGACAGCAGCGGUGGUUCAAGAUCGACUCCGAUGCUUAAUACGCUGGGAGUUUUCGUCUUCUCCUGCAUAUGGUAGCCGCUUGGCCACUCUGGUAUUGGAAUCUGAUCAGCUCACUACUGAGUGGUUGGUCAACAACAUGAUCGAUGCAGGUCUAAGAACUGACUUUUACAAGACACCGGGAGAUUGGAACCAUAUUUUGAGAGAGAAUGGGCUCUUCUCAUACCUGGACCUUAGUCCUCAACAGUGCCAGAAACUCAUCGACCAGCAUCAUAUCUACCUUCCACCAAGCGGUCGCAUCAACAUUUCAGGGCUCAACCAGAGUAAUAUCAAGAGAGUGGCGGAUUCAUUAGAUGAGGUCAUACAUGAGGAGAUCGGGCAGGGCAUACAGACAAGGGCAGCUCUUUAG